AUGAAAAAAGAAGUCCAAGCUGCCCGCCCGAGAGCUGACCCCCGAAGAGGGAAGGAGCUUGGCCGAAGUGAAACGGGGACAGGAAGCGGCUUCCAGAGUCCCGGCCGAGAUCGUCGCAGUGUGUUUGACAGGAUCUCCAAGGGGAAGUCACCCAUCCCCGAGUCCGAACUGACUCCCCUGAACACCACCCGAUCUCGGGUGUUAUCCGUAAUGGAACAAAACAACCUCGGGAAGGCACCCUCCAAGAUGUACGGCAGCCGAGAUAAGAGGAAUUCGAACCUUUACUGCUUGUAUCACCGGGAUAUAGGGCACGAAACUGAGGAUUGCAAUGAUCUCAAAAAGGAGAUUGAGAACCUCAUCAGGCAGGGACACCUGAAGCAGUUCAUCCGCCGAGGUGGAAGUCAUCAGCGUGACGAAAACCGACGUGAUAGACGAGGUGACCAACGCCAAGACGAAAGGCGUACAUCGACAACCAGCUGCCGACCUCCUGAGGAUCCUAGGGAGCCAAAAAGGCCUCCUCGAGACGGAUCUUCAGGUCAAGGGUUGGGAUACGGGCCAAACAUUGCCGGAGUCAUCAACACCAUUGCCGGAGGUCCGAUGGGAGGAGAUAGCCAGAAUUCUCGGAAGAGGACCUACAGGCAAGCUAACCCGGAUCAGGCUGAGUCGAGUUCUCGCCUAUCCGAAGUCAUUUCUUAUGGCCCUACCGAUCCCGUCCCAGCUGCCUCCAGCAGUCACGAGGCACUAGUGAUCGAAGUGCUCACCAACAAUUACAUCGUUAAGAAGGUCUACAUUGACCCAGGGAGUUCGGUAGAUGUCAUGUACCUUCGUACUUUUGAGAGCCUUAAGCUGGCUAGGGAGCAUAUGACCCCGGUGCGAACUCCCCUCGUAGGGUUUGGGGGACACAUCGUCCACCCCGAGGGCAUGGUGACCCUGACGGUGACCGUGGGGCACCACCCCCGCUGCCGAACUAUCCCUGUGAACUUUGUGGUAGUUAAGGCCGACUCCCCAUACAACUUGCUUCUGGGUCGACCUACCCUUAAUGCCCUGCGGGCGGUAUACUCUACCUACCACCUGAGCUUCAAGUUUUCUACCCCCGCGGGGAUCGCCGAGGUCAGCAGCGACGUCUGCGCUGCUCGGGAGUGCUACCUCGCCACCUUACAAGCAGCUUCUACAUCGACCGCCGAUGUGAGAUCUGAGAAGAGGUCAAAUAUCCUCUCGAUAGACUGCAUUGAUCCUCAGCAAGCUGAGAAGAUUCCAAGGCUGGAGACUGGGGAUGAGGUCGAAGAGAUUCCCCUGGACCCCACGAAGCCUGAUCGGACGAUCCGCGUCGGCACCCGACUGCAGAUGAGAUGA